AGACGCGAGAACGAUGACGUCCCGACGCGACUUUCUGAGCCAGCCGGCUCCAGAAAACUACGUCGCUGGUCUGGGUCGAGGUGCCACCGGCUUCACAACCCGAUCCGAUCUUGGGCCUGCUCGUGACGGCCCCAGCGAAGAUCAGAUCAAGGAGGCGCUUGCGAAGCGCGCUGCACAGCUCGGCCUCGUCCCCGACGGCAAGAAGGGCAAGGAAAAGGAGGAAGAGGAAGACGACGAGCGAUACCAGGACCCCGACAAUGAAGUGGGAUUGUUCGCCGGCGGCGUCUACGACAAGGAGGACGAGGAGGCAGAUAAGAUCUGGGAAUGGGUCGACGAGCGAAUGGACCGGCGGAAACGGCAGCGGGAGGCCCGCGAGCAGGCCGAGCGGGAGGAAUACGAGAGGAACAACCCCAAGAUCCAGCAGCAGUUUUCGGACCUCAAGCGCGCCCUGGCCACGGUCUCGGACGAGGACUGGGCCAACCUGCCCGAGGUGGGAGACUUGACCGGCAAGAAUCGACGGAGCAAGCAGGCGCUGCGACAGCGGUUCUACGCGGUGCCGGACAGCGUGCUUGCGGCGGCGCGGGAUGCGGGAGAGAUGGGCACGACGGUCGUCGACGAUGGAGCAGCGACGAGCACGACGGACGCAUCCGACGGCACAAUGACCAACUUUGCCCAGAUUGGUGCUGCUCGUGACAGAGUGCUCAAGUCGAGGCUGGAACAGGCGUCUCAGACGGCUGGUGGCGAGUCCGUCAUCGGAAGCUCGACGAGCAUCGAUGCGCAGGGAUACAUCACGAGCCUCAACAAGAUGCAGGUGAACGAGUCGCAGGCCCAGGUUGGCGACAUCAACCGAGUACGAGAGCUGCUUCAGUCUGUCGUCAAGACGAACCCGAACAAUGCCCUGGGUUGGAUCGCUGCGGCUCGACUGGAGGAGCUGGCGGGCAAGAUUGUGGCGGCGCGGAAGACGAUCGAUCAGGGAUGCACCCGAUGUCCCAAGAGCGAAGACGCAUGGCUGGAGAACAUCCGACUUAACCACGACUCACCGAACAGCAAGAUCAUUGCACGACGAGCCAUCGAGGCGAACCCUAGAUCCGUUCGGCUUUGGGUCGAGGCGAUGAGGCUGGAAAACAUUCCCAGCCAUAAGAAGAGAGUUAUACGACAGGCGCUGGACCAUAUUCCAGAGUCGGAAGCGCUGUGGAAGGAGGCCGUGAACCUGGAGGACGACCCCGAAGACGCCAAGCUGAUGCUGGCAAAGGCUACGGAGCUCAUCCCGCUAUCCGUCGACCUCUGGCUGGCCCUGGCGCGGCUGGAAACCCCCGAGAACGCGCAAAAGGUCCUGAACAAGGCUCGAAAGGCCGUUCCCACGUCCCACGAGAUUUGGAUUGCCGCUGCUCGUCUCCAGGAGCAGCUUGGCCAAGGCCAUAAGAGCGCUGUUAUGAAGCGGGCCGUUCAAGUUUUGGCAAAGGAGUCAGCCAUGCCGAAGCGCGAGGAGUGGAUCAGCGAGGCGGAGAAGUGCGAAGAAGAGGGCGCCAUUGUCACCUGCCAGAACAUCAUCCAGGAGACGCUGGGUUGGGGCCUGGACGAAGACGACGACCGCAAGGACACGUGGAUGGAGGACGCCAGGGCAAGCAUCAACCGAGGCAAGUACGAAACCGCGAGAGCCAUCUACGCGUACGCACUGCGCGUCUUCGUCAACAGCCGGACCAUGUGGAUGGCUGCCGCGGAUCUCGAGCGGAAUCACGGAACACGCGAGUCUCUGUGGCAGGUGCUGGAGAAGGCGGUGGAGGCGUGCCCCAAGAGCGAGGAUCUGUGGAUGAUGCUGGCCAAGGAGAAGUGGCAGUCUGGCGACGUGGACAAUGCCAGACUGGUGCUCAAGCGAGCCUUCAACCAGAACCCCAACAACGAAGACAUCUGGCUGGCUGCCGUCAAGCUGGAAUCCGAAAACGGCAACGAAGAGCAGGCCCGGAAACUGCUCGAGGUUGCGCGGGAACAGGCGCCUACAGACCGUGUCUGGAUGAAGAGCGUCGUCUUUGAGCGCGUACUGGGCAACGUCGAAACGGCACUUGACCUUGUGCUGCAGGCGCUGCAGCUCUUCCCCGCCGCCGCCAAGCUGUGGAUGCUCAAGGGCCAAAUCUACGAGGACCUGGGCAAGACGGGCCAGGCCCGAGAAGCAUACGCCGCAGGCGUCAAGGCGGUGCCCCGAUCGGUGCCCCUGUGGCUUCUCUACUCCCGGCUGGAGGAAAACGCCGGCCUGAUUGUCAAGGCGCGCUCGGUCCUCGACCGAGCGCGACUGGCCGUGCCCAAGAACGGAGAGCUCUGGUGCGAGUCGGUGCGCCUCGAGCGCCGCGCCGGCAACAUGGCCCAGGCCAAGUCGCUCAUGGCCAAGGCGCUCCAGGAAGUGCCCAAGAGCGGCCUGCUGUGGGUCGAGCAGAUCUGGCACCUGGAGCCUCGCACGCAGCGCAAGCCGCGCAGCCUCGAGGCCAUCAAGAAGGUGGACAACGACCCGAUCCUGUUCGUGGCCGUCGCGCGCAUCUUCUGGGCGGACCGCAAGCUGGAGAAGGCGCAGAGCUGGUUCGAGAAGGCGCUCGUGCUGGACGCGGACCGCGGCGACAGCUGGGCGUGGUACUACAAGUUCCUGGUGCAGCACGGCACGGACGAGAAGAGGGCCGACAUGGUGACCAAGUGCGUGCUCAACGAGCCGAGGCACGGCGAGGUGUGGCAGGCCGUGGCCAAGAACCCGAAGAAUGCGAAGAAGAGCGUCGAGGAGAUUCUCAAACUCGUUGCAGCGGAGUUGGAGCAGUGAUUUUUUUUCUUAAAGAGUAGAGAGCAAAGGGCGUCUAUUUGGUUCACAAAUGGCAUGGGAGUUUGAGGCUGGUCAGGCUUGCUUAGAACAUAUUCACUCCCGUUUCAGAAAAUAGAUGACAUGGUAGAAAUUGGCGAAUG